AUGUCGCCCAAGACGCCGCGGAUACGACCGUACGUCCUACUGCCAGGUGCACGGAACGCAGGCGGACUCGACGGGUCGAAGCGACACCGGAGUGCGAGCAGGAUCCCGUUCCAUGUCCCCCUCGCCGCGCCCGAAGGCAACUCGUCCUUCUCUCCGACCCUCGAACGCAAGAUUCCGCCGUAUCUUCACUACGUCUACGGCCUCGCGCCCGAUUUCGGCGGCAAACCCUUCAAUUUCAUCCACUACGUCUGCCUCACCUCGGCCCUCCACGUCCUCCGCCCCGAACGCAUCUACUUCCACUACCUCUACGAACCCGACACCUUCUACUGGCGCGAGUUUGUCAGGAACGUCGAGGACAGUGGGUCGACGAGGUUGGAGAUGGUGAGGGAGAGGGAUGUCAAGGAGGUGUUUGGGAAUGAGGUUGAACACUUUGCGCACAAGGCGGACGUGUUGCGCUUGGAGGCGCUGAGGGACUAUGGAGGCGUGUAUCUGGACGUGGACGUUCUCGUCGUGCGAGACCUCGCCCCGCUCUAUCGCCACGACACCGUCAUGGGCAUGGAAUCCCAGCCGAACCUCAACCCCUCGCUCCCUCCUUCCGGCCUCUGUAACGCCGUCAUCCUCGCCAAGCCCUACGCGAGCUUUAUCACGAGAUGGCUGGAUACGUAUCGCACUUUCGACAAGAAUCAGUGGGCGAAGCAUAGCGUCACAACACCCUGGGACCUCGCGCGAGCGUAUCCGACCGAAGUCACCGUCCUCAACAAGUUUGCCUUCUUCUGGCCCAUCUGGGACGACGACUCCCUCCGGAUGAUCCACCGCUCGCUCUCCUUCUCCUUCCACUCACCGCACCCUCUCGCUCCGACGCGCGACCUCCCCUUCACAUGCCACCUCUGGGAAUCCGCAUCUUACGACCGCUACCUCUCUCCGUACGAUCCGGACCGGAUCCACAAUAGGGGAAAGAAGGUCGGAGAGGAGAGGGAGGAGGAUGGAGUGAGUGAUGAGAAUGCGUUUUCGAGGGAGGCGAGGAGGUUUGUUAGUGAGGGGUUCAGGAAGAGGUGGAGAGAGGCCAAGGCGAGGGGCGAAGUGGAUCGGUAG